AUGGGCAUCGCGUGGUCGCGCUGGCUCGACGUGCUACACGGCGGCGAGUCGGAGGGCGUGCCGCCCGCCGUGCCGGCGAUGGUGCAGCGUGCGUACGACCAGUACGCGGACGACAACGGCGUCAUGACGAGCAAGGCGCUGCUUAAGUUCUUCCAGGAGUUCCAGCAGGACAAGGGCGUGCUGCACGGCCCGAUGGCGAACCUGCUGCUGUCGUUCCCCUCGUCCAGCGCCAAGCCCGCGGACGGCAUCCCCCAAGUCAACCGCAGCCGCUCGCACCGCGCGCAGACGCAGGGGCACCGGCACUCGCGCACGCUGACGCGGUACUCGCUGACGCUGGGCGGCAGCCGCAUCAAGGCGCAGGCGGAGCCCAACGCGGACCAGUUCCUGCACGUGCUGCUCGCCCCGCUGCUCACUCCCGCCCUCGCCAACCGGGUGAGUGCGGACAUGCGGUUACCACUAUCGCACUACUACAUAUACACGGGGCACAACUCGUACCUGAAGGGCAACCAGCUGACGAGCGACAGCUCUGUGAAGCCCAUCGUGAAGGCGCUGCGGCGUGGUGUGCGUGUCAUCGAGCUCGACCUCUGGCCCUCCAGCGACAAGUCCGAAAUCCUCGUCAUGCACGGCGGCACGCUGACGCGGCCGGUGGGGUUUGCGGAGUGCAUAAGGGCGAUAAAGGAGCAUGCAUUCGCGGUGUCGGACUACCCCGUCAUCAUCACCCUCGAGGACCACCUCCCUCCCCCUCUGCAGGCCAUCGCUGCUCAGGCGAUGUGUGAGGUGCUGGGCGACAUGCUGUACAUCCCCGAGGACGAGUCCCCCCAGGGCGACUUCCCCUCGCCCUACGCGCUGCGCCGCCGCAUCCUCGUCUCCACACAGCCGCCCAAGGGACCCAAGGAGCUCUCCACCGUCGUCGCCCCUGCCCCUGGAGGAUCCUUCCGGGACUCUGCGGGGGCUGAGGCAUGCUCGCCCCGUUGCAUGUCCCCACGUGGUCGUGAUGCUGAAGUGGCACGUGUCGACUCGCCUGCUGAUGUGGCACGUGUCGACUCGCCUGCUGAUGUGGCACGCGCUUCCUCAUCUGGUGAUGUGGCAUGCGCUUCUUCAUCGGGUGAUGUGACAAGUGGCCGUGUUGUUAAUGGCGUGGUUCGCACUCUACCUGCUGCUGACGUGGCAUGCAACUCCCAUGGUGCUGAGCUGGCACGGGGCCAGACGGACUGGCUAUCAUUCAGAGACCUGGCAGAGGGGUCAUCAUCUGCAACGCUGGCUUCAGGUGCUGCUGCUGCUGAUGUGGCACAUCCUCUACCACACUCACAUGCACCGGCCAGCAUCAGCCAGCUAUCGGGCAUAGAGGAGGUGGCGGAUGACCCAGGGGGAAGGGGAGGAGGUGCAGGGGCAGCGAGGGAGGGCAGUGUCGCGGAGGCAGGGGCAGCAGAAGGGGGGAGCGGGCGGGCGCGGGGGGGGCGGGAGUCCUUUUCCUUUCCGGUGGCGGCGGAGGGGGGCGAGGAUGGGGGGGUUGACCCCAGUGUGGCGCUGGGGGCGGCGCUGAGCAUGGGCAGCAGGCAGCGCAGCAGCAGAGGCAGUCCUGUGGGCGGGUCAGGAGGGUUUUCUCGGCGCAUCAGAGGGAGUCCGUCUCGAGGCAGUGCCAGUGGGCUGGGGUGGGGCAGCAUGGGGCACAGCAUGGGGCACAGCAGUGGGCAGUGGUCGGGGCGGUCGUUGCAGCUGCACCAGGUGGACGAGACGCACCUCCACCAGGUGGAGGUGCAGUGGACGCAGGAGGACGCGGCGGAGGAGGCAGCGGAGGACGCGCUGACAGGCAAGGUGCCGCAGUACCGCCGCCUCAUCUCCAUCCCGGGCGGGAAGCUCAAGGGCGGCAGCGUGGAGGAGGGGCUCACCGCGGGGCACGGCGAGGGGGUGCGGCGCAUCUCGCUGUCCGAGACGCAGCUCGCCACCGCUGCGCGCUCCUCGCCCCACCUGCUGCUCAGGUUCACACAGCGCCAUCUGCUGCGCAUCUACCCGUUCGGCCUGCGAGUCACGUCAUCCAAUUACAACCCCAUGCAGGCGUGGCUGCACGGGGCGCAGAUGGUGGCGAUGAACAUGCAGGGGUACGGCCGCCCGCUGUGGCUCGUGCACGGCUUCUUCCGCGCCAACGGCGCCUGUGGCUACGUCAGAAAGCCCGCCUGCCUCAUGGGGGCCGUGGAGGGGCAGGCAGAGGGGCAGGAGAGGGAGAGGGGGGGCGGGGGGCAGGAGAGUGUGCCGUACAACCCCCAGGCAGUGCGCCCCGUGGAGCUCUUUCUCAGGGUGCAUGUGAUCCUGGGCACGGGGUGGUACACGCGCUUCUCCCACAACAACUUCGAUGCUGGCGGGCCCAGCCUGCUGUGCCGGGUGGCGGUGGAGGGGGCGCCGGCCGACGUGGGGGAGAGGCGGUUGGACAUCCGGGUGGGCGAGUGGAACCCCUGCUGGGACGACACACCUCUGCUCUUCCCCCUCACCCUCCCCCACCUCGCCCUGCUCUGCUUUGAGGUUAAAGUGCUGGGCCUUUCGUCAUCUUGCUACCCAUUUUUUGACUAUCUGUUUGAGAAGAAUCUGUACCAGGACGACUUUGGAGGGCAGGUGGUGCUGCCAGUGAUGGGUCUGAGGCCUGGCUUUCGCUGCGUGCCGCUGUACGACCGCAAGGGCAGGCCCAUGGUGGGGGAGCAAGGUGACGAGGCAGAGGGGCCACGGCUGCUGUGCCAGUUCGAGCUGCUGAAACCAGGGGAGGAGAAGGAACCGCAGAAUAGGGUUCCCAAGUCAUCCACUUGGACGGGAGGAGCCGCUAGCAGCAAGAUAGGCAGCAUCGCAGCUCCGCUGGAGAAGCGAGCACCGCCUCGAGGGGGGGCUCUGGCGGUGAAAGCCGCUGCCGCAGAUGGCGGUGCCGCGGAAGGCGCGGGUGCGGGAGCGGGCGAGGCAGCGGCCCCGCGGGUGGGCGCGGUGCUGUUCGACAUGGACGGCGUGUUGUGCGACAGCGAGGACCCUUCGCGCGAAGCCGCCGUCGCGCUCUUCGCGGAGAUGGGCGUGGCCGUGACGGCUCAAGACUUCGUCCCCUUCAUGGGAACUGGUGAAGCCAACUUCCUGGGCGGUGUGGCGCGGGUGUAUGGAGUGGAGGGGUUUGAUACAGACAAGGCCAAGAAGAGAUUCUUCAAGAUCUACAUUGACCGGUUCGCGCGCCCCAACUCGGGCAUUGGCUUCCCCGGUGCGCUCAAGCUAGUGGAGCAGUGCCGCGCGGCAGGGCUGAGAACAGCUGUGGCGUCCAGUGCGGAUCGAGUGAAGGUGGACGCCAACCUCGCAGCUGCAGGCAUCCCGCAAGACAGGUUCGACGCCAUAGUAUCGGCGGACAAGUUUGAGCGCCUCAAGCCGGCGCCCGACAUCUUCUUUGCCGCCGCCAAGGAGCUGGGCGUGCCCACGGAUCAGCCACAGCUGCUGGAUGAGGUGGGUGGGCCUGACAUGAGCGCGGUGAGGUCCAUAGCUGUCACCACCACCCUGUCAGCUCCCAGCCUUGCCGCUGGCCGCCCCGCUCUCAUUCGCCGAGACAUCGCUGACAUCAGCGUGGCUGACAUCACCUCUCUGCGCUACCCUGAAGAUGAAGAUGAAGACGACGGCUCAUCUGGCGCUGCUGCCACGGCUGCCACAGCUGAUGCAUCACUGUCUGCGCCUGCUGCAUCAGGGGAGAGCAAGGGGCUGUGGGCGUCCAUAGAUGAGCCGCUUCCCCUGCCAGGCGGCAUGAGGGUGACGCGGGGGGACGCCAUACGCUACAGCAGCCUGGCCAUGGGGCUCGCCACCACCGCCUUCACUCUUGACAACCUCAAGGCCUUCUCCUACGCGUCCCCCAAGGCGCUGCUCAACAUGCUCACGGGCACGGCCGUGCCGCCCGCCAAUGCGGCGGGGCCACGUGGGCUCGUGAAGUACAUCCAGCAGCUGGACCGCAGUGGUGCGGCUGACGUGGUGCCGGACUUUGAGCCGCGCCUGCAGUGGCUCAACAGCGCUCCCCUCUCCUUCGACCGCGAGCUGCGCGGCAAGGUGGUGCUGCUGGACUUCUGGACGUACUGCUGCAUCAAAUGCAUGCACGUCCUGCCAGACCUCGCCGCCCUCGAAAAGAAAUACGAGGGCCAACCAGUGGUGGUAGUGGGCGUGCACUCGGCCAAGUUUGACAACGAGAAGGACCUGCACGCCAUCCGCAAUGCCGUGCUCCGAUAUGAUGUCGCCCACCCGGUGGUGAACGACGGGGACAUGCUCAUGUGGAGGGCGCUGGGAGUGUCAUCAUGGCCCACACUGGCCCUCGUGGCGCCCACAGGGCGCCUCAUCGCCAUGGUACCGGGGGAGGGCAACCGCCAGCUGUUUGACGACCUCAUAGCCGCUUCCCUCGAGUACUACAGUGCCAAGGGCGCGCUCAGCGAUGCGCCCAUCCCGCUGGCGCUGGAGCGCAGCCGGGACCAGCGCGUGGUGGCGUCGGCGCUGCGCUUCCCCGGCAAGCUGGCGUCGGACCUGGCCAACGGGCGCCUCUUCAUCUCCGACUCCAACAAUCACCGCAUCGUGGUGACGGACCUGCAAGGGAGCUUCCUGGCGCAGAUAGGAGGGGCGGGCGACGGGCUGGUGGACGGGUCGUUUGAAACGGCUCAGUUCAACAGGCCUCAGGGUGUGGCGUAUGAUCCUUCUCGGAACCUUCUGUUUGUGGCGGACACAGAGAAUCAUGCCCUGCGGCAAGUGGACCUGGUGGGCGAGACAGUGACCACGGUGGCAGGGGAUGGGCGCAAGGGGCAGGACUACAAGGGCGGGGCCAGGGGUAGAGAACAGGCUUUGAACUCGCCGUGGGACGUGGAGCUGACGGCGGACAGGGCAGCAGUGAUGGUGGCCAUGGCGGGGCAGCAUCAGAUCUGGCGGUUCGAUCUUGACACGGGGCGAUGUGUGGUGUUCAGCGGGUCGGGUUACGAGAGGAACCAGAACGGCCGAAUGGGCUCUGACACGGCGUAUGCCCAGCCGUCGGGGCUGUCCCUGGCCCCAGGCGGCAGGGAGAUGUACGUGGCGGACAGUGAGAGCAGUGCGCUGAGGGCGCUCAAUCUGCACACGGGGGGCUCCACACUCAUCGCCGGGGGCGACGCCAACUUCGCUGAAAACCUCUUCAAGUUUGGUGACCGUGAUGGCUCUGCAUCCAGAGCUCUCCUGCAGCAUCCACUUGGCACGCUCUCAUUGGACGAUGGCACGGUGCUUGUUGCUGACUCAUACAACCACAAGAUCAAGCUGGUGGAUCCGGCUCGUGGCUCCGUGGUCACACUGGCAGGCACCGGCUCAGCUGGUUUCAGAGACGGGCCGGGAUUACAGGCACAGCUCUCAGAGCCAGCAGGCCUGGCACAUGGUCCAGAUGGCACGGUACUCAUAGCCGACACCAACAACAGCCUCAUUCGCUGCCUGCACCUCCCAUCCGCCUCCUCCCCCACCGCGCUGCUCUCCACGCUCGACCUCUCCUCCGUCCCCCCUCCUCCCGCCGCCUCCUCCUCGACUCAGCGGCGGCGCCUGAGGAGGCGGCAGAAGGCGGACGAGCAGGUGGUGGAGGUGGCGCCAGUGGCAGCCGCCAGAGGCACGCUGCAGCUCGCUCUCUCCAUCCCAGCCGACUACCACUUCACUGCUGGUGCCACGAGCAAGUACAGUGUGGAGCUGCCAGAAGCAGGGAGCGCAGUGACAGUCACACCGCAGGCCGGUGACCUCACUCUAUCCGGCUCACUCGCCCUCGCCUCACUGGACUUCACAGCGCUGACAGCAGUGUACUACUGCCAGCAGGACGACCUGUGUCUGUACAAGGCUGUCAACUUCAAGAUUCCAUUCACUCCGUCUGCAGCAGAGGAAGCACAGGACGUGCAGCUGUUGUUUGACAUCACCCCUGCCCCUGCAGGCAAGGCUCUGCUGCCAACAGCAUGA